AUGGCUUCUCUAAGAGUCCGACCAGAACACUCCGGACCGCCUGAAUUGGUUGGCUCAAGGAAUUUGUUUCAUGUCGAAUCUGGUUUCAGUACUACAAUGAGGUGGAGGCGAGCAGAUAUGCUUCGAAUUCGCACAUUCUGAGCAUUCAAGCUGAAAUGGCGGAACGGGCGCUGGAACUUCUAGCGUUGCCAGAAGACAAGUCUGCUUUUAUACUGGAUGUUGGUGAGUUGAAUUCUAUGGUGGAUUCCUUUUAUCGAUAAGAUAGGCUGUGGGUCUGGUAUGAGCGGAGAAGUUCUGACGAAUGCAGAUCAUUUUUGGAUCGGCCUCGACAUUUCCUUGCCUAUGCUCAGUGAGUCUAACUCGUGUUCCUGGCCUUUGAAAGAAGAGAGGGAACUAGUCUUGCUCAGAGAUCGCCUCCGCUGACAAAGACGCGCAAGACAACAGCGACUACGUCUGGCAGGACAUGGGCGCCGGCGUUCCUUUCCGUCCAGGAACCUUCGACGGCGCCAUCAGGUUCCGUCUUUCUUCAAAGUCCGAAUUCUACUGUUCUUUCAGUAUCUCGGCGAUCCAAUGGCUGUGUCAUGCCAAUUCGAAAAAGGAGAACCCUCGGAAGCGCCUUCACGACUUUUUCCAGUCUCUCUACGCCUCUCUGGUUAUUUUUAUAUUGAAAAUAUUCCGCGCUUGCUCCCCAAACUGUAGUUCACCGAAUUGGUUUUUAGGAUAUAAAAUUAGUUUUAAUAGUUUAAUAUAGCUUUUUAUACCUCAUCAUGGCCUGAAUCAAAUAUUUUAACCUGUAUUAAAUGAAAAACCAAGGUUCUGUUUUACUUACUCUCUUUUUCGAAGUUCACGUAAACGAGCAUUCAAUAUUAUACAUCAAUAUACUUUAGGUGCCUUUUCCUCAGAAUUUUUCCUUUUCCAUUUUGUAUGCAAAAAAGAAGCGUUUUGAAGGUGAUUUCUUAGAUAACUCGAAGGGAAGAUGACUUUAAAAGCAGGAGAUGAAUAUAAAUUCUCCGUGUGGUGUCAAAGAGAAAACAAUUUUUGUCUUGUUCCUUAUCGAACAGGAACUUCAGGCGAGAGGGUCGCGUGCCGUGUUUCAGUUCUAUCCCGAAAAUGAGCAGCAAGUCGAUCUGAUAAUGUCGCAAGCCACGAAGGCCGGCUUCAACGGGGGUCUAGUCGUCGAUUAUCCCGAAUCGACCAAGGCCAAGAAGUACUUCGAUCAGGGAAACUGUGAGGAAACGUGUUCUGCAGGGUUUACCUGGUUCUGAUGACUGGAGGGGUCGCCAAUUUGCCUCCCUCGCUUUCCUGUGAUGAGCCGCGCAAGUCUCAAGUCGACAACACGGAAAGGACGUCGGUUUUCCAUUUUAUUUAUUUAAUUUUUUUGAUUUGUAAUCUUUUGGACCGAAGCAUAACAAGGUUUUGAUAAAUUUUCCGCCAAGUAUUCUGCAAAGACAACCAAGUUUCACUUUUUAUUUUCCUUGCUUUUAAUAUAUAUAACAUUUUUGUCAAUUGAAAGGUGAAAAAGCUUUUCGAAAUCAGUUACUUCAAGCAGGUCAAAUCUUUCAUUCCUCUAAUUGAAUAUUGAACUAGUCUGAGCAGGCUUUGACGGAAGAAAAGAAGGGCACAGAAAAAUCAGAAUUUUUAAAGUUGCUUUUUUUUCAAAUCCGUAAAAUUCAAGUGCUUCAAGUUUGUCGCUAAUAUUUUUUCUGACUGCGUUGUAAAGACUGUUAAUUUCUCGGACCCAUAAUGAAGUCAAUUUUCUCGGCAGAUUCUUUUCAAAAAGGUAAUAAUAAUAAAUACCUGUCGCCAGCAAUCCUAAUUUAAAAAAAAGUUUACUUGGUAAAUGAGGCGCAUUCGUUUAAGAUUCACUAUAAGCGGCCGGAGAGAUUCAAAACCAGCCAAAGGAUCGAAGGCGUGGAUCGAGGCAAAACGGCAGCGAAUGGUACGAAAGGGAAGGUAGGUAUCGAAAUGGUAGUUUAUACUUACCUGGUGUCCUCAGAGAUGUACGACACGAGUCCAAGUAUUCCGGCAGGAAAAGGAAACCAAAAUUCUAA